AUGAACAUCUCAAAACUUCCUGUUCAACACCAGGAAAUUAUCCUUAGAAUCAUUGUAAUUGGUGAAUGCCACUCUGGUCAAAUUGCUGAUGAAGUUGCUGCGAAGUUUAAAGAAGUGAACUACUCUCAAGAUAGGGAGCUAUUUAUUGAGUUUUGUCUUCAUACAAUGUUGUACCAGAGGGUCUCUCAAAGUGGUGGAUUCCCGCCUGGUCUUUCUGUUACUCAAGUCAAUUGUGAUACAUAUACAUUGGAAACCAUGCUCUUACAUCCUAUAAUUUGA